UAACAAGCAAUCCAAAAUUAAGCUAAAUCUCAAUACCCUCCACAAUCCUAUUAUACACAGACAAAACACAUGGCCGCCCUAUCUUAUGAUCCAAGGCAUCAUCUUCAAGCAGGCAAGACCAGUCACGGAGUCAUAGUUGAAGAAAUUGAAGGUCUUAUCAAAGUUUACAAAGGCGGACGCGUCGAAAGACCUCCAAUCGUUCCUAAUGUUUCUUGUGUUCUAGCACCCGAAGAUGGUGUUACAGCAAGAGAUGUUUUCAUCGAUAAGUUCACCAACUUAUGGGCUCGUGUUUACGUUCCGAGCCAUCCCGGAAGUAGACUGCCUUUGCUAGUUUACUUCCAUGGAGGUGGUUUUUGUGCUGGUUCACCUGCUUGGAGCUGUUAUCAGAAUUUCUUAGUCAAUCUUGCUUCAAAAUCAGGUUGCAUAAUCCUGUCAGUAAAUUAUCGUUUAGCCCCUGAAAAUCGACUUCCUUCUGCUUAUGAUGAUGGAACCAACACUCUUAUGUGGAUUAAACAGCAGGCUUUACUUGGUCCCUCUGAACAUAAAUGGUGGCUAAGUAAGUGCAACUUCUCUAGCCUGUUCCUAGCAGGGGACAGUGCUGGUGCUAAUAUAGCUUACAAUGUGGCUUCUAAUGUCAAUUCGGACUCAAGUCUCAGGCCAUUUUACCUGAGGGGUAUAAUUCUGAUUCAACCUUUUUUCGGAGGCGAGGCGCGAACUUAUUCUGAGAGAAAUCUGAAUCAACCUGCCAAUUCAGCAUUAACUCUGUCAGCUUCUGAUGCAUAUUGGCGACUGUCGCUACCUAUUGGUGCUAACCGCGAUAAUCCAUACUGCAAUCCAUUGGCGAAUGGAGCGAAAAAAUUGCGCGAUUUUCAGGUUCCGUCGAUAAUGGUUUGCAUAUCAGAGAUGGAUAUAAUGAAAGAUAGGAACUUGGAAUUCUGCAGUGCGUUGAGUAGUGCAGGUAAAAAGGUGGAAAAAGUGAUCUAUAAAGGAGUUGGACAUGCAUUUCAGAUUCUGCAUAACUCUCACUUUUCUCAAAUUAGAAUUCAAGAAAUGAUGUCUCACCUCAAGGGUUUCAUCAAUCAAUAGUCAUUAAACAGAUGUUAGAUUUUCUAAGUUUUUAUUCUUUUUCCGUUCCUUCAUUUGUAUCCUGGCAUAGACCUCCGUUAGAACUUACAUAAUUUAAUCGUAGCUCAGUUGCAUCCAAUAUCGCCUGUUUAGGAAACUUUUUGUUGAUGACCUCAAUACUAGAUAUAACAGAAAUCUUGACUCUGCCUUUUGAGCAAAGAAUCUGUUAAUAUUGCAGGAAUAUUUAUA